UUCGGUCAAUUGGUAUGGUUUUAAGACAUUUACGAAUUCCUUUUCCCUAUUUCAGACAAGUAAUGGUGAUACUGAAACAUCAGAGAGUAUUGGUGGAUCCAAAGAAGGAGUUAGAGUACAAAUAUUGGAUUGGAUUCAAUCAGGAGAUGUAGUUGUUGGGAAGGAGAAUUAUGUUCUGCUGAACCGAUGUACAAAAUUGGUCGUAUACCAAUUGGUCCUAAUGCAAUGGAUGUCCUUGUUAAGUCAUCACUAAGUUUAGAAGCUUUUCUCUGGAGGCCUACAACAGAUGUGCUAUAUCUUGAAGAAACUGUGGGAUGCAAAAUACCUUGGCCAAUGGACAAGGUGCUUUUGUAUAUGGAUCCAGUCGCUUCCGAAGAUGUAUCCAUGCAAAACAAGGAAAGUGAAACUCGAAGAUGCAAAAUAUAUGACUAAUGAAGACGAUGAGGUUAUUGCUGAAGGUGUUGUGUGCUCAACUAACUCCAAAGAGAAGGUUAACAAUAUACCUCUAGGUCCAAGUGCUGUUUGUAUUGAAGUUGUGAAGGUUUUCAAUGAUAAUGCUCAUUUGUGGAGGCCAACUACUGAAGCUAGUUUAAUUGGUGAUGCAAUUAACGAGAAAAUCGCAUGGCCAGUCCUAAAGAUUGACGUCACGACUGCAACCACUACAGAUGCAACACAACCUAAAGUCCAGGUAUGUUAUUUCAUUUGUUUGUCUGUUGAUUGAUGUUGGAACUUGCUUCUAUUAUUUGCUUUGAGUUGUAGAGUCCAGGCAGCAAUAGUUCCACCAGAAGUCCAAAGCAGAAGUGUUAUCUUUUAGAUUGCAGCAACUCUGGACGUAAGGUAGCUGAAUGAAGAGUAGUUUCAACAGAUCCGAACGACUCGUGCCAUCAUGUACUCAUAGGUCCAAAUGCAAGCAAGGUCUCAGUUGAAGUGGCUAAGAUUGGUAUAGCAAAGGUGUGGAGGCCAAAUUCAGAGAUUGAAACCAUUUCUGAUGCAAUAGGUUCAAUUGUAGCAUGGCCAAAUGAUAAAAUAAAGUUUGUGUGAAUGGAUGGGAUAUGAUGUUGCAAUUGUUGGAAUUUUUAUUUUAAUUUGUA